GAGAACGGCGGCGGCGACACGUACGAGUACCAGGCUGAGGUGAACCGACUGCUCGACCUCAUCGUCAACUCGCUCUACAGCAACCGCGACGUGUUCCUUCGCGAGCUCGUCUCGAACGCGUCAGACGCGCUCGAUAAGCUCCGCUUCGCCGCGGUGAGCGACCCGUCCGUCAUGAGCGCGAGCGCGGACAUGAAGAUCAAGAUCAAGGGCGACAAGGAGAACAAUCUCCUCGUCGUCGAGGACACCGGAAUCGGGAUGACCCGCGACGACCUCGUCUCGAGCCUAGGCGCACGGACGAUCGCGCGCUCGGGCACUGCGAAAUUCAUGGAGAUGCUGCAGUCGAAGUCCGACGGUGAAAAUUUGAUCGGAAAAUUCGGCGUCGGGUUUUACUCCGCGUUUCUCGUCGCGGACAAGAUCACGGUCAGCUCGAAGAACGCGGCGGACGACAAGGCGUGGACGUGGGAGUCCGAGAUCGGCGCGAGCUCGUACACGAUUCGCGAGGCCCCCCCCCCUCGCGAAACCGACCGACCCAACCCGCAGGCUUCGCUGACGCGCGGAACGAAGAUCACGCUGCACCUGAAAGACGGCGCGGAGGAGUUCGCGUCCGACGCGAAGAUCACGUCCCUCGUUCAGACGUACAGCGAGUUCAUCUCGUUCCCGAUUGAAGUCUUCGCGACGAAGAGCGUCCCGAAAGAGGUGGAGGACGCGGAGAAAACCGCGGAGGCGAUGGAGGCGUACAACAAGAAAAAAAUCGAAGCCGAGGCGAAGGGCGAGGCGUUCGAGGAAGAGGCCCCGGAGGCGGUGAUGAAGACGGAGUACGAAGACGUCCAGGAGUGGACGGUCACGAACAACGACAAACCGAUCUGGGUGAAGUCCCCGAAGGACGUCGAGAAGGAGUCUUACGACACGUUCUUCAAGACGACGUUUAAGGAGUUUUUGGACCCUCUCGCGGUGAACCACUUCGCCGUGGAGGGCGACAUCGAGUUCCGUUCCAUCCUGUUCGUGCCCGGGAUGGCGCCGUUCGAGCAGCAGGACAUGAUGGCGAAGUCGAAAGCGAUCAAGCUGUACGUUAGAAGAGUGUUCAUCUCGGACGAAUUUGACGACUCUUUGCUGCCGCGGUAUCUCACGUUCGUGAAGGGCGUCGUGGACAGCAACGACUUGCCGUUGAACGUGUCUCGUGAGAUUUUGCAAGAGAGCCGCGUCGUUCGCGUCAUGCGCAAGCGCCUCGUGCGGAAGACGCUCGACAUGUUGAAAGAUAUCUCCAAGCGCGACAACGAUGAUUACGACACGUUCUGGGACGCGUUUGGGAGGAACCUCAAGCUCGGCGUGAUCGAAGACGCCGCAAACCGCGAGGUGCUCGCGCCGCUUCUCAGGUUCCAAUCGUCGAAGACGGAGAAAGGGAAGAGCCGCGGCCUGGACGCGUACGUCGAGGACAUGCCGGAGGGGCAAAACUCGAUCUACUACGUCGCCGCGGACACGCGCGAAGCGGCGGAAAACUCGCCGUUCUUGGAGCAGCUCACGAAGAAGGGCUUUGAGGUUUUGUUCCUGAUCGACCCGAUCGACGAGGUCACGAUGACGAACCUCGCGUCGUUUAAAGAAAAGACGCUCGUGGACAUCUCCAAGGAAGAUUUGGACCUCGGCGAGGACAGCGACGAGGAGAAGGCGAAAAUCAAGGAGAUCGAGGAGGAGUACGCCGCGUUCACGGCGUGGAUGAAAACCUCGCUCGGGGACAAGGUCGAGAAGGUGAUCGUCUCAAAGCGGCUCGCCGGGACACCGUGCAUCCUCGUCACGUCCAAAUUUGGCUGGUCCGCGAACAUGGAGCGCAUCAUGAAAGCGCAGGCGAUGGGCGACUCGCGAGCGAGCGAAUACAUGAAGGGCAAGAAGACGAUGGAGAUCAACCCAACGAGUGCGGUGAUUCUCGAUCUGAAGAAGAAGCAGGAAGCCGGCGACGCGAGCGCGGCGACGACCGCGGAGCUCCUCUUCGACACUGCGAUGCUGACGUCCGGGUUCACGAUUGAGCAGCCCGCGGAUUUCGCGGCGAAGAUCUUCGCGCUCAUGGGUGAGGCUGUCGGCGACAAGAGCACCGCCGACGCGUCCGGCGGGUUCGUCCCCGAGACGAAGAAGAAGAAGGAGGAGACGAAGAAGAAGGACGACGAAGACGACGCGGCGGAGUCUGUCGACGCGGAGAUCGUGUGA